AAUGUGAAACUCAUCUCUUCGAGUCGCGCCGCGCCGUGCACUAACGGUACUGGCCGCUGGCACAGUUAAUUUGCGCGACAGUGUGCCACAAGCAGCCAGUGCGCAUCCAUCGAGCUGGCAGUAACGACGGAAUGGGCAAUAACGACGAAAAGUACGUGUUUUACGGAGGUGACUUGGAGGAACCGAUCGAGUCAGGUUGCAGAUCACUCGGUGAGCUGUUCAUCAAACGGCUGAAAGAGAAUGGCGAUGGUGUUGCAUUUACUGACGGUGUUACGGAUGAGCGCUUUACCUACUCGGACAUACUGGAGCGUUCGGUACGGCUUGCCAAUCGGUUUCACCGGCUGGGCAUCAAGCGGGACACGGUUGUAGCGGUCAUGUGUGAGAACCGGAUCGAACUGCCGAUCAUUACUUUUGCCACGACCUACCUUCGCGCCGUACCGCUCCUCCUGAACCCGGCCUACACGGCCACUGAGCUCUCGCACGUUCUGAAGCUCACACAACCACGAGCCAUCUUUGCUUCACCGCUAGCCAUGGGAACGCUCCAACCCCUACUGAAGACAUUUCCCUCGAUCAAGCUAACCGUGCUGCUGGGCGGAACCACACGACCGAACUCACACGUAACACUAUUCCGCGAGCUGUUCGAUCGGAACCGGGCUCAGUUCAUCACCUUCACACCGCAACCGGUACGGUUGCGUGAACAGGUCGGCCUGAUGGUGCUCUCCUCCGGUACGACCGGCCUACCGAAGGCCGUCCAAUUGACGCAUCACAACGUAAUGUGCGUGCUGGCGUACAUGCGCGAAGGUGCCCGCAACUUCCCGUUCGAGCAGAUCGCGCUCGGAUUGCUGCCGUUCUUUCACGUGUACGGCUACAUGAUGCUACUGCAGGCCCUGAUCAACCAACGCCAGAUCGUAUCGCUACCCAAGUUCGAACCGACGCUCUUCCUGUCCACCAUCCAGAAGUAUCGCGUUACGUCGGCAUCGCUCGCUCCACCGUUGAUGGUUUUUCUGGCCAAGCAUCCGCUGGUAGAUCAGUACGAUCUUAGCUCGCUGCUUCUGCUCGGUUGCGGUGCGGCUCCACUCAGCAAGGAGGUCGAACUGGCGGUACUGAAACGCCUUCCGAGCGUACUCAUGAUCCUCGUCGGGUAUGGAUUGAGUGAAUCGUCGCUCGGUGUUAUGACGCGCGUGUCCGAUGUGCACGGAAGCGUUGGCAAGGUAAACAAGCUGAGCUGGGUGAAGGUGGUGGACGUAAAGACGGGCCGAACGCUCGGUCCGAACCAGAUCGGUGAGAUCUGCGUCAAGGGACCGCUCGUCAUGAAGGGUUACCUAAAGAACGACACCGAAACACGGGCCAUCAUCGAUCGUGACGGUUGGCUGCACAGCGGUGAUACGGGUUACUUCGAUGAGGAGGAAAACUUUUACAUCGUUGACCGGAUCAAGGAUCUGAUCAAGUACAAGGGCUUCCAGGUGGCACCGGCCGAAGUCGAAGCCGUGCUGCUGACAAACCCCAAGAUCAAGGAUUGUGCCGUCGUGGGACUACCGGAUGCAUCCGCCGGUCAGCUACCGAUGGCAUUCGUCGUACCGCAGCCCGGCACAUCGCUCACGGAGUCCGACGUGCAGCAGUACGUCGCAGAGCGGCUGUCCAAGCAGAAGCAGCUGCACGGUGGUGUCCGGUUUGUGCACGAGAUUCCCAAAACGGCCAGCGGUAAGAUACUGCGCCGUGAGCUAACCACCAACCUGCUCGCCAAAUCGAAGCUUUAAAUCAUUUCGUUUCGUUCCCCUGUUUUAUCUGGAUGAGACGAUGUAUUGUUGUUGGUUGGUUUUGGCUGGUCAUUCUGAUAAAACCACGCGUCAUCGUGCUCGGAGGCACGGGAGGAAGUUAGCGUAAAUAAAUGUACCAGAUAGAGAGAGAGAGAGAGA